GCAGCUCCAACCAGCUCAGCAGGUUGUGCUCGAAAAGCAAACAAAGUGUGAAACACACACCUGCUACACUCAGAGACACGUCUGCAACCUGCUAGUCAUGAAGCUGACCGCACUGUUCUGUUCUGUUUUGCUGCUCUUGGUCUCUGUCCUGUCCCACAGGACUGUGGCAGAGAUGAAUGAUGCACCUGAACAAGGAGCCAAUGAUGGAUUCACACAGGCUGACUGUGAGAAGUAUUACGUCCAAGCCGGCUGCACUAAGGAGUAUGAUCCAGUAUGUGGCAAUGAUGGAACGACCUACAGCACCGAAUGUGUUCUCUGCCAGUACAACAGAGAACAGAAGAAAAAUGUGAUAGUCUCACUCAGAGGGGAGUGCCCAUCUCCGUGACAGUCCAGGCUGUGACAAUCCAGUGACACACGCACACAUAAACAUAGUAUUCAUUCCAUUUAACUCAAUAAAGUUACAUACUGCAAAA